CAUGUGGAUCUCUGCGUGCGUUACGAGUAAAGUAAUGGCGUUUAUUACCUCGAUAACAAUGUCGAGAGUCGAUUUACUCUUUGUGGUAUUCAUUUUAGACCGCGUGGGUUUGGAUUUAACGUCAGUUAAGUGUUCUGGCAAGUGGACGACGUGUUUAGCCUGUUUGUCUGGGGAGGGGGGGGGGGCGCUAGCUGUUAGCUGGGCUAACUCCGAAGCUAGCGUCUUUAUCGCCAUUCAAGUCUCACGUCAAAUACUUGACGUGAACUGCGUCGCUUUAGCCUCAAGACAGCCUUCACUUGAGUGUGUGCGUGUGCCGCGUGGCCUCUUUUGUUGUCAUUUCACGCGGUGCGUGACGAUAUAAACUCCAAUGGGUUCGAAGUGCAUCUCGCGCCGCCGACUUGGGUGUCGACGUGCGGAACGUGCCAUGCGCGACUGGAUGGCAGUCUGCUUCGAGUGACGUCAUUAGCGGCAAUGGACGGCUUCACCGCUUGUUACUGCGGGGUUAUGGAUUAAGCCAAGCGUGUGACGUCACAUUAUUUACAUGCGUCACGACAGUCGUUGAUGAAGUGUUUCCGUGUAAGCUUGUGCAACACACUUGGAGUUGGUUUAGCUGCCGCAUCGUGAAAGACAAAAGGUCGCCGUUAUUACCACUGCAAAGCGCAAACCUUGCGGAAUAGCAGCCAGGACGGUGCUUUGGCCGACCCCCUGAGUCGCUCUCUCGUUUCCCUGGCUGAGGCACUUGACCCCUGAUGACAUACAGUACAUGUCAUAAAUCACAUAAGAAACAGGGGGUCGACAUGACAUUGCUUCUUGCACACAUUAAAAACUGCAUCCGAUUUAUUUAUUUAUAGCGUCUAUUUUUUUUCCCGUGAGAGUUGGCAGGCGAGAAGUCACCGGUUCAGGAACGGCCUUGCAUAACUCAGCGUGUCAUGUGAGGCUCCUAUCAAUCACAGGCGUGUCGACUGUGCGUGUGCGUGUCAGUCGCACAAGUCACAACAAAUACGGCGUACACGUUUGUGUGUGACUAUAGAGGCUGUCAACUUAGUGUCGAGUUGCUUUCAGGGUUAUUUCAAGUGGGCUUUUUGUGGGUUCUCAGAAGUGGAGGUUCACGUUCAAGCUGAAUAAAAUUGACCAAGGUUUAUUGAGGAUCAAUGCCAUUGUCAUUCGUUACAGAUUUACUGCCAACGACAAUGUAGUCCCAAUAAAUGCUCAUGUGAUUGCAGAAAUACAGAUAUGCUUAAUAGCAAAGGCCAAGUCAGCAGAUAUGCAGGUCAUCAGUCAGGUGCUUUGCUUUCUGCCUCGAGGCAAGUCAGGAUAAUAGGGGAGAGUUCAACUCUGUCAGGGCGGGUGGGGCAUUCAUUCGCUAGUCCGUGCAAACUUUAAUGUUAAAUGCCACAUUUGAUUCUCAAAACGGGCGGAUGGGCCAGGUUCGUAAAUGAGGCUGAGGUGUGUCGGGAAGAAUGUCGCGGGAGGUAUUUAUGUAACCGCCCGGUCGGGCAAGUGUGGCAGUGGCGGCGUUCUUGUCAAGGCUCUUUGAGGUCAGUUAGCAGGCCGGCCGGCCGGCGCUGACGUCAGAGCAGUUGAGGGAAGCAGCCGAGCAUGCCUGCAGUUUCCCGGUCCAUGGAUGUUGCAAUGAGGCGGGCAUGCUGGUAUCAUCUCCUCUACUGGUGUCAUCGCUGUUGAAUACGUUCCCGGCAAGAGCUGGCUUUUAUUCCCCUUGUGCUUUACAGACCGAAGCAACAAUUGUGGAAUGACCUCAGAAGCUACCUCAGCCAAACUACUGUACCUUUAACACCGUUUAAAAAAAAAAAAAGCCCGUUUUGAUGGGCAGCGCGAAAGGGGCUGUAAACAAGGGGAGGCAGUCAGCGGGACGUCGUUAGCCCGCCGCUUCAUUCUUGCCACUCGCGCCGCAAUCACCUGACACGUCUCAUGUUGUGUGAAUCCAGUCAGCCGUUAUUCUUAGAGGCUGAGCGAGCGUUAGAGAGGAGGCUGCCGAGCGGGCCGGAGCGCCCGCUGGAAACACUGGCACCGUCGAAACCAUGCCCAGCUGGACGAACCCCCAGCUGGAGCCAAGUCACAUCCGGCUCAUCGUGUACCAGGACUGCGAGAGGCGUGGCCGCAACGUGCUCUUUGAUUCCAACGCCAAAAAGAGGGGCACGGAUGACGCCCACCUUCCCGGCACGGAGGGCCAGGUGAAGAUGUUCAACAAAUAUUGCCGGCUUCGACCCACGGGGGGCAGCAGCAGCUCCCUGGACAGCUCCUCCUCGUCCUCCUGCGCGUCCGAGACGUCCAGGGAAACCAAAGAGCAGGGGCUCCGCUUCCAGGGUUCGAGGUGUUCGUCCGACGUGGUCAUGCUGGGGGAGAUGAUGUUUGGAUCGGUGGCCAUGAGCUACAAAGGCUCCACACUGAAAAUCCACCAGAUCAGGUCGCCACCACAGCUAAUGCUGAGUAAGGUGUUCACGGCCAGGACGGGAGGCAGCGUGUACGGCAGCCUCAACACGUUACAGGACAGUCUCGAGUUCAUUACGCAGGACAGCAGCAACACCCUCCGGCCUGAUCAAAACGCCGCGCCAAAUAAUCUCCUGGGAAACAUAGGAUUUUCUCAGCUCUGCAGCCCUCGACGGGCCUUCUCUGAGCAAGGUCCGCUGCGUCUCAUCAAAAGUGCAUCUUUCUUUUCAGGUCACAGUCACCCCAUGGAUAUGCCGGGCCGGGGGUUGUACGACGAGCGGGACAGCGGCAUCGCCCGCUCAGCAUCGCUGAGCAGCCUCCUGAUCACACCCUUCCCGUCGCCGGGCUCGUCUCUGACCAGCAGCUGCGCGUCCAGCUACCAGCGACGGUGGCGGCGCAGCCAGACCACCAGCCUGGAGAACGGUGUCUUCCCGCGCUGGUCGGUGGAGGAGAGCUUCAACAUGUCGGACGAGAGCGGCGGGCAGAGCUUGGGCUCGGCGCGCAAGAAGAAGAUCGCCAUCGGCGUCAUUUUCACGCUGUCGCCUAACACUGAGGAGAACAGCCACUUCCAGGACUUCUUCUUCUCGCACUUUCCGCUCUUUGAGAGCCACAUGAACAAGCUCAAGAGCGCCAUUGAACAGGCCAUGAAGAUGAGCCGGCGGUCAGCUGAACCCAGCCAGAGGGCCUUGGCCUACAGCCGCAUGGUAGAUGGGCUCAACGAAUUCAGGAUGACCAUAUGCGACCUGUACAGCAUGCCCCGCGUGGUGGAGCCGGUGUGGCUGACCAUGAUGUCGGGCGUGUCGGAGAAGAACCACCUGUGCAGCCUCUUCAUGCGAGAGUUCUCACUGCUGAUGGAGCAGGCCUCCAAGAACCAGUUCCUCCCGGCGCUUCUGACGGCCGUCCUGACCAACCACUUGGCCUGGGUGCCCACGGUCAUGCCCAACGGCCAGCCGCCCAUCAAGAUCUUUCUGGAGAAGCACUCCUCGCCCAGCGUGGACAUGCUGGCCAAGACGCACCCUUACAACCCGCUGUGGGCACAGCUCGGUGACUUGUACGGCGCCAUCGGCUCUCCCGUGCGCCUGGCCCGCACGGUGGCGGUGGGCCGCCGCCAAGACCUGGUUCAGCGCCUCCUCUACGUGCUGACGUACUUCAUCCGCUGCUCGGAACUGCUGGAGACACACAUGCUGGACGGCGUGGAGGACGAGGCCAUCGUCAUGCCCGGUUCGCUCAUCACCACUUCGCUGCGCAAGGGGGAGGUGGAAGAGUCGGACUACGUGCUGGUGACCGUGCACAAGCCCGCCGGCGACUACUUGGCGGAGAAGGAGGACGAGAGCGAGGGUGACGGCGCGGACGGGAGCCAAGCGUUCCGGAUUCUCCGGGACGACGCUUGCCGGACUCCGGAGGAACCCGAGGGGCCCCGCAGGGAGUCUGGCAGCCCGUUGAGCGCCGAGGUCCGGCUGGAGACGGUGCUGCCCGUGGGUUCGUGCUCCCCGAGGGAACGGGAAGCGGAUGAGGGGUUGGCGAGGGACCCUGUCGGAGCGCCACUGCUGGGCUUCCCCCCGGAGAAAAAGCCUCCGGAUAAGAAUUCCCCCCUUGAAUCCACCAUGUCGGGUCCCUUGUCGCUCAUUGUGACGGAGGAGCCGGCCGCCAAAGUCACCUUCCUCAUCGGGGACUCCAUGUCGCCCGAGUCGGACACCGAGAGCAGGCGGAGGAAGGUGGAGGAGGACAUGAAGAAGCACAGAAAGCUCCACCGUCUUGCGCCGCCGCCACAGGACGCCCCGUCUUUGCAGCGAGUGUCCAGCAAACUCCCUCAGUGGAACCCCGACACUCCGGAUUACAGCCAAUUCGACGAGUACUUCUGCUCGGAGAACCCGGUGGAGACGAGGACGAUAGACGACGUCGCCAAACGCGAAGAGGCCAACGGCACCCUGGCCGCUCUUUACAAAGACCUUCUGGACCCCUCGGGGCCCGAACACCGCCCCGCCCACAGCGGCGCGGACAGCGCGAGCGACUCGUCGGCCAUGCAGAGGAGGUGCAGGUGCGCCUCGACGGACUCGUGCGACAAGGGACUCGUCUUGUCCGUGCCCGUCCUCCAUCGGGACGGAGGCCACGGCGGUGAGGACCAAAAGUGCAAGGCGGCGCCCCUCAACGACUGGGAGAUUCCGCGCAACGAGAGCUCGGACAGCGCGCUGGGAGACAGCGAGAGCGAGGAGACUGAGGACUGGCAGGAGGAGGUGAUGGUGCCCUUCCCAGGCUCCAAACUGGUGGAGAACUACUCCAAGCCGACCAUCGCCAACUUCGGCCGCUCUUUGUUUGGGGGCUACUGCCCCACCUACGUGCCAGACUUUGUACUGCACGGGAUGCCCAGCGACGACAAGCUACGGCAGAGCCUCAUGGCUGAACUCACGCAUGCCGUCCAGCACCCGGUGCUGGACGAGCCCAUCGCCGAGGCCGUGUGCAUCGUGGCCGACACGGACAAGUGGACGGUUCAGGUGGCCAGCAGCCAGAGAAGAGCCACCGAUGGGGGCAAGCUGGGCAAAGAGGUGCUGGUCUCCAGCUUGGUGUCGGCGCUGCUGCACUCCACGCAGCAACUCUACAAGUUCAACAUGUCCCCCAACUUUUGCAUCAUGCACCUGGAGGACCGCCUGCAGGAGAUCUACUUCAAGAGCAAGAUGCUGGCCGAGUACCUGAAGGGUCAGAAGAGAGUCCAUGUCAAAGAACUGGGCAUGGUCUUAGGAAUCGAAUCGAGCGACCUCCCGCUUCUGGCUGCCGUGGCCAGCACGCACUCUCCCUACGUGGCCCAGAUCUUGCUGUGAGGGGCUUCCUUUUCCUUCUUCUGUAGACCUCAGACUGUUGCUGCUGACAGGUGCAGUACCCCAUCACGCCACAAGAGGGUGGUGUUGGGCAAGAAAGAAAGAGUCAUGUUUGAAUUAUUCCCCCCCCCCCCUUCGGACACCAAGCCAAAGACUUUACAAGUUCAGGAGUGUUAGGACCUCACUGAAAAGAAGCUAAAUAAUGCACCACCAGAGUGAAGUCAGAGUCGUAUGAGAAAUAAAACGUAUAUUUUGGUGAGAUGUAUAUUUUCAGGGGGGAAAUUUGUAAUCUUACAGAAAUAUUAACCUGAUGAUUGUAAAGACUUCUUUGUUCUCAAAUAAGCGACUAAGUGGUUCUCGAACACACUAUUAGAUUCAGACUUUAUUCUGGUCCUGGCAUUAUAUUAGAAACUUCUUUUCAUUGUGGGCUUUACCAAUCCUUGGUACUUGAUUAACUUUUAAUUCAGAGAAAGACGCUUUGAGGUAAUUUUCUAUUCGAUUUUGUGCUUUUUCUGUACAAUCUCCGACAAGCCAGCUGCAGUGAAAAAAGUAUUUUAGAAAAAAGGAUGCCGAUUGAUUUUUUUUCCCCAGCUUUUUUACAAGCCAAAUUGUACCCUUUCCCUCCCGUUCUUACUCAAAUAUACCAUGACAAACCAGUUCCGGAAAUUUCCAAACUACCUCAGAUGUUCUUAUGCAUCGCUCACAAAACUACCCUGAGGUCAUAUAUUGAAAAUAGAUCCAUUGCUUUUUAAAAUCAUUAAAAUGUUUCCCUGUUGUUGAAUUGUUGCUGUCUGUUUUACAACCAAAACACAAAAUGCUGCAUAUGUUCACACUUUUCUACCUUGUUUACGGUGAGGCAUAACCAUGGAGGGUUUUUUUCAACAGUGCUUUCAUUCUUUUUGUCUUAAUGGGGAAAUGACGAUGCCAUUGCAGGCUUCCAAACGGCCGCUAAUGUUGGUUAGCACUUGUUGUUUGUGUUAAAGGCAUCCUUUGUAUAUGACUAAGUUAUUUUUGUGGACUGUACAAUUCAUUUCCAUGUAUUUAUACCUUUGAACAAUUGUCUCCUCGGAAAUAUAUCUUUUUCCCAAUUUUAUGGGAAUGUUGUGCAAUAAAGAUGAAGACAUUUGGACAUAAA